CGGAAGUAGAUGACGGGCGAGAGGGGAAAAGCGGAAGAGGGAGUCUGGAAAUCACAAACAUGAACAAGCUGAAAUCCUCGCAGAAGGAUAAAGUUCGCCAGUUCAUGAUUUUCACGCAGUCGAACGAGAAAACAGCGCUGAAUUGUUUGGCUCAGAAUGACUGGAAACUAGACGUGGCCACAGACAACUUCUUUCAGAAUCCUGAACUUUACAUACAGAACCUGAAAGGACUGUUCGACAGGAAAAAGCUAGAGCAGCUCUACAAUCGGUACAGAGAUCCUCACGAUGAUAAUAAGAUAGGUAUAGAUGGCAUUCAGCAGUUCUGUGAUGAUCUCGGUCUCGACCCAGCCAGCAUAAGCGUGCUCCUAAUAGCGUGGAAGUUUCGCGCCGCAACACAAUGCGAGUUCUCCAAGCAAGAGUUCAUGGACGGGAUGACCGAGCAAGGGUGUGACAGCAUAGAGAAGCUUAAAGCACAGCUGCCCAAAAUGGAGCAGGAGUUAAAAGACCAAGGAAAAUUUAAAGACUUCUAUCAGUUUACUUUCAACUUUGCAAAGAAUCCCGGACAGAAAGGCUUGGAUUUAGAAAUGGCCAUUGCCUACUGGAAUCUAGUAUUGGCAGGACGCUUCAAAUUCCUCGACCUGUGGAACAAAUUUUUAGUGGAGCACCAUAAGAGAUCGAUUCCCAAAGACACCUGGAACCUCUUGUUAGACUUCAGCACCAUGAUAACUGACGACAUGUCCAACUAUGACGAGGAAGGAGCGUGGCCAGUCCUUAUUGAUGAUUUCGUCGAGUUUGCUCGGGCGUACAUCGGGACCAAAAGCACGGCAGUCUGAGGGACUUUGACCUCCCACUUAAAGGCCGUCCCGACCUCAUGCACACCUCCACCUUGUGGAGGACCGAACUGAGAUCUACAUUGCCUUUUCCGACCCUCAGGAUCAAGACGCUCGUGUACAGCAAAGACAUUUCAGAGACGCGUCUCCUCUUUGUCAUCUAGCGGUGGUUUGGGCUUUUUUUUUUGUUGUUGUUGUUGUUUUCCCCAGUCUUUCAAUUUGGAAAUGUGUGCCACAUCUGUCUCAGCUAAAUCCGGAUCAAGAUCUGGGACCUCAUCGUUUUUUUUUUUUUCUCUUCUCUCCCCAACCCCUCCCCACUUCAAGUUCACCAGGCAGGAGCAAAAUCACAGAAGACACGCCAUCUUCAUCCUAAGCCAGGCUGUCAUUGGGGAACCUCAUCAGUUAUUACAUCUUAAUUUUAACACUCCACAUUCGUUCCUGUUUUUUUUUUCUUUUCUUUUUUUUUUAAUAAACCCGUGGAAAUACAGAGCUUUGAUUGUUUUUUAGUGGACAAAACACAAGGAUCAGAAACCCUGUUUUGUUAGUUUUUAUUGUGACUUAUUGUAUAUUUUCUGUUGCUGUUUCAAAAAAAGAAAAAGAUUUCACCUUGCUUGUUUGAUUUUGAUUAAACGUAAUAAGUAUAUUCGGUAUGUUCUGUCAUUCUAAACUCUUGGAGUGACUGUUUUACAUUACUUUGAUGAAUUAAAAGUAAUUUAUUGUA